GAAAAAUCAGCUCCAUUCCUAAAGUGACAAAGUCUCUCUAUAUGUUUGAAGCAAUACAUUAUAAAUUCAGCAACUUAUAUUAAGAAAGAGAUCUUUAUAAGAAAAAGGAAUUUCAAGGAAUAGGUCCGAAAUGUACGGUUUAAUAAACGUUGAGCUUCUCAUGAAGUUCCUGUGCCUAGCGACCCUCGAAAAUAAAAACUCAACGUUUGCCCCAGAUAUAUGCCCCGAAAGAAAUCCUCAAAUGUCAUAUCCCAGAGAAGCUUAUACUCCUGAAGAAUGUCUGGCACCCGGAUCGUACAAAAAUGAUUUAAAAAAAUUUACUAACAUGGUAGUAGAUAUUGAUUUUCUUUUGAAUAUCAUCCACAAUCAAUCAAAUUGCGAAAUUUGCUCGACAGUGGAAUGCAACAGAGAGGCUGAAGAAAUUUUGUCUUAUUUGAAUGAAAACGUGAGCCCAUGCGAUGACUUCUAUGAAUUUGCUUGUGGCGGCUGGCUAAAAAAACACAAGGAGGAACCCGUUUCCGUUUAUUCUGAACUUGAAAAUCAUAUCCAAGUUAGUCUCAAGAAUAUGUUGGAAGAGAACAUAACGAGAAAAAAUCCUGAUUUCGUUCGCAAGAUAAAAGGAAUAUAUAGGUCCUGCAUGGAUGCUGAUAGACUCAGCAUAGGAAGCGAACAACUAAAGGAGGCUGUAAGAGACCUUGAGAAGUGGCCCAUUCGUUUUGGAAAACUCUGGGAUUCUGAGUCCUUUAACUGGAUGGAUACUCUUAUUCAGUUGCGCCGGAAGGGCUUCAGUCAUAAUACCUUUAUAAGUCUGUCUGUUGUAAAGGACCCCAAUAACAACAUGACUAAUAUUAUAGAA